UCUGAGGGUCCCUGCUCAGAGUAGGUGGAGAGUCUCAGAGGAAGGAGCCCCUGGGAGCAGGGCCCCCCACACGCCAUGGCGAGCGUGGUGGUGAAGACAAUCUGGCAGUCCAAAGAGAUCCAUGAGGCUGGGGACCCCCCUGCGGGGGUCGAGAGCCGCUCCCAGGUGGUCCCUGAGGCUCCUGGGGGGGUAACCACCUCGGCCAAGGGGAUCACGAAGAAAAAGAAGGCCGUGUCGUUCCACGGGGUGGAGCCCCGGAUGUCCCACGAGCCAAUGCACUGGUGCCUGAACCUCAAACGGUCCUCGGCCUGCACCAAUGUGUCACUGCUCAACCUGGCUGCCAUGGAGCCCACGGACUCCUCGGGGACAGACUCAACCACGGAUGACAGUGGCCCGCUUGCGCUGCCGGUGCCACCCGCCUCCCCCACCCAACCCUGGGCUUCAGAUGACCCAGACAUCACGGAAAUACUGAGUGGGGUCAACAGCGGAUUGGUCCGUGCCAAAGACUCCAUCACCAGCUUGAAGGAAAAGACCACCAGGGUCAACCAGCAUGUGCAGACGCUGCAGAGUGAGUGUUCUGUGCUGAGUGAGAAUCUAGAAAGAAGGCGGCAAGAAGCCGAAGAACUGGAAGGGUACUGUAGUCAACUCAAGGGCUCCCGCCCUGGUGUCCUGACCCAGGAGAACUGCCGGAAGGUGACCCGGUCGGUGGAAGAUGCUGAAAUAAAAACCAACGUCCUGAAGCAAAACUCUGCCCUGCUGGAGGAGAAGCUGCGCUUCCUCCAGCAGCAACUGCAGGAUGAGACCCCGCGGAGGCAGGAGGCCGAGCUGCAGGAGCUGGAGCAAAAGCUGGACGCCGGCCUCUCUCGGCACGGCCUGGGCCCCGUCGCCCCGUCUCCUGGCUGCUCUGGCCCCCCAGGGAGCCCCGACGAACCCCCACGACCGCGCAGCAUGGCCCCAGGCGGCUGGGGUAUGGGGCCCCGGGCAGGGGAGGGCCCCAUCAUAAGCGAGCAGGAGCUGCAGAAGUUUUCUGCCGGCCUUGAGGAGCUGAGGAGGGAGGUGUCCUCGCUGACUGCCCGCUGGCAUCAGGAGGAGGGGGCGGUGCAGGAGGCCCUGCGGCUGCUUGGAGGCCUGGGCGGCAGGCUCGACGGCUUCCUGGGCCAGUGGGAACGGGCGCAGCGUGAGCAGGCGCAGGCUGCGCGGGGCCUGCAGGAGCUGCGAGGCAGGGCGGACGAACUGUGCACCAUGGUGGAGCGAUCAGCAGUGUCUGUGGCUUCACUGAGGAGCGACCUGGAGGGGCUGGGUCCAGUGAAACCUAUUCUGGAGGAGCUGGGGCGGCAAUUUCAGAGCUCUCGAAGAGGGUCUGACCUCUCCAUGAACCUGGAUCGGCCGCCCCAAGGCUCCUGUGCCCGCUGUGCCAGCCAGGGGUCGCAGCUGUCGUCAGAAUCCCUGCAGCAGCUGCUGGAGCGAGCACUGACCCCACUAGUGGAUGAGGUGAAGCAGAGGGGCCUGGCUCCCGCCUGCCCCAGCUGCCAGAGGCUACACAAGAAGAUUCUGGUACCAGGAACCAUAGGCCAUCAUGGCCCACUUUUCUGUCAGGGGAGCGGGAGGGGAGCCCUGGAUACAAGGAUACUGUUGGUGUAUGGCAGGACAGGAAGCAGAGCUGGAGCGCCAGGCCUUGGCCAAACACGUCAGGGCAGAGGCCCUGAGCUCCACCCUUCGGCUGGCCCAAGACGAAGCCUUGCGGGCCAAGAACCUGCUGCUGACGGACAAGAUGAAGCCGGAGUGAGGAAGGAGGCUGAGGGCAUGGGAGGAGGGGAGAAGGUGGCCACUCUAGAUUAUCUACACUUGAAGAUGUGCUCCCUCCACGAUCAACUCAGCAACCUGCCACUUGAGGGGUCCACAGGGACAAUGGGGGGAGGAAGUGGGGGGACAACCCCCCCAAAACGUGGGGGCCCAACCCCAGAACAAUAAAUGGCCUCUCAUGCCGGCAUGAA